AAACCAACCUAACUAUUGAUAUGAUAAGAUGAAACAUCAAUGUAUAUCGAAAUUCUUAUUAGAAAAUGAGUUUUUUUUGAUAUGAGGGUUUGUUAGACUGUCAUGUGCUGGGCAUGUCACAAGGUGGUAUUGAGCCCCUGUGGAUCCGAGCAAAUCGUUCUUUCCAACACUUCGGCCUCAUGAUUGGCGUCUUGAUUGCUCUAGUCACCUUUAGUACGUUUCCUGCUGAGGCUGAACUGCCAAGGCUUCUACAAGGCCCUAGGAAUCGUCAGCUGCCAUGGAUUUGAAUCGAAAAACAGAGGUGAGAUCAGAUGAUGGCUGUGAUCUACCCGUAAUCAUAUCUUCUCCAUCUCUAAAGCCGGAAAUAUGAUUCACUAUAUUCCCCCUCGGAGAAAACAACAACUAUGGCGAUCAGUAGUGAGUCUAGUGACACGAACAGUGAGCGGUCUAUUCAACUCGAGACUGAAGUAGAGUAAGUCUCGUAGCUAUAACUACCCACCCUAUUUGGUACUUUUGUCUGAACUAUUAUAGUGUUGUGGCGGUUCCUGCGAUUGGAGCAGAUCCGCAGAGAGCGUGGAUCGGUGAUGAUUUUCAGAAGCCAUGGCUCAUUUCAGAACUGACACGAUAUAUCCCUAAUGUGCGGGUGCUACUGUUGGACCAUGGGCCUCUAAACCGUCAAGAUGAUCUGGACUCUCUGGCCCAUCAUCUCUUGAAGCAGAUACAUGCAGAAAGGCAACACACUGUAUGCACCGCUUAUCUAUUGUUGCACAAAUGAAUGAGAUUAGUAACACUCUACAGAGCGGAAGGAGGCCCAUACUCUUCAUCUGCCAUGGAACAGGUGGUCUUGUCGCCAAAGCAGCGCUUGCCAUUGCCGCACAUUCAACGUCGAACCUGGCGUCGAUCCUAACAAGCUGCUAUGGGAUUGCUUUCAUGGCAACUCCUCACCAAGGCUCAAGCUAUCUUUCAGCUCCAGAGUAUGCGAAGAGUAUCCGCCGUUUGAUGCAACUCAAGCAUCAUGUCCCACGUUGCAUACGAGAGGUCCUGAAGCCCAGACAUCCAAGGCUGUUGCAACUAACCAACCAGUUCAGAUCCUUAUCUGCAGAUAUCAAGAUAUGGACAUUCUUAGAGACUGUUGACUCUACGCUCACCGUCGCAGAUUCGGGUACCGUAAGUACUGUGGAAAUGCAUGUUCCAAUCACUUCUAUUCGGUCGGGGGUUCUAGAUCUGGAGCACGAAAAGGUGAUCCCAUUAGCCACGGACCACGUUGGUGUAGCAUCCUUCAAAGGACAAGAACUCACAACGAGAAUAAGCUUCAUUAAAGAGCUUCAGCCGGUUAUCGCCAAGGCCGUGCAGCUUUCCAAGCUGCCAGAUGCUCCGUUACGCGUUAGUCGAGAGGUUAUCGUGCAAGUCAAUGGCUUCUUCGAAGACACGGCGCGAGGAGUCAGCGACGAGACGCCUCUCAAGCUCUGGUCAACGAAAACGCCGCUACGGGAGUAUCUAAAAGACGGGCCUGCAAUUUGUCUCACGGAUCGACUGAAACAAACUGGUAGAAUAUCGUCCGGCUCAAUCGAUGAUUCCUCGAUAAGUGACUUUGAUAGCAGACCGUCCUCUGCCGCAAUGGCAGAUACAUCGUUUGCUAUACGUGAUGGGGCAGUGACGGAGGCUAGUGCCAUCCAGCCUGAAACAAUCUCAUCACGGCCGUCUUUAAGAAGAAGCCGUAGUUUUGUGUCCCCUGCUUCCCCCAGAAUUCACGUUACGGAGGCAGCCGCCGACGGUUAUUUUGAUGUAACACAACAACAAGAAGAAGAAGCAGAAGAAGAAGAACCAACGUCGGACAUUCAAAGUGAUAUUGCUUCCAGUGAAGAUCAAGGACAUAGAGAUAGCGUAACUGAUGAAAGAAAAGAGAUCACUGCUGGGAGUUCUAGUCCUAGUAACCAGGGGCAGCCCAAUAUAUUAACUAGUUUAUCAUCGAAAUACAGAACUUUCCUUCCUUUACCACCACCCACAAGGGAGCGACUCCAGGAGGUUCGAGCAGAGCUACCCCGGAGAGCUCCCCGAUUUGACCGACCAGAGCCAGGUAGCGAGAAGCUCUUGUGGAUUCAUGUUCCAUACACCCAUACAGGAUGGGUGCCUCCAGUCCUGUCUAAGGCUUGCAACGAUCAUCAGCGGCCAGAGUUCUUCAAAAAGUUCGUCAAUGAUAAAAAUUGGUACUCGCAAAUUAUUAGAGCCCGCCAUCUAGAGCCUCAUGCGCGAUUUGUCCGUCCCACAUGUAUUCAUUCCAGGCUGAGUGAUUCCUUACCGAUCAACCCACCAGGGGAGUCCCGUGAUCCUCAAUUAGCCUUAUACCUUCCUUAUCUUCAUUGGGACACAUACUGGAAUCUCCUUCAACGACGAAAGGUCAUCGAAAAGCGGCUACAACAGGGAAGGUCCAAGCCAGUCCCUGAGUACAUCUCGGAGUCCCAUAUAGAAACGAGAUUGCUAUGGAAGUUCCUGGGUGCCGAGCCCCCUAUUCAUAUACGAAGAACAUUAGAUCAGUAUGGUUAUCCAAAUCUGCGAUCUACGGUAGCAAGAGACGACGACCAGAUGCUAUGGAAACGGACUAGAAAAGUCGUCGAUCUCAGUAACGAGCUUGAUAGUUCAAUCCCUCUACAAGACAAUCCUGACUCUUCCAAGACGUUCAUCGAUGGAAAGGUUCUCAUGGUUGAUCAGCUCUGGCUCUGGAUCGUAGAUGAGAAAACUGUCGUUACCUUUUUCCCUAAACAGGAGGCAACGACUGCUGAAGACAAACUAUACGAACAAGCGAACCUGCACAGCAGCAUUUACAACGAGUUGAAUGGGGACCUUGCAAGACGCUUUGAGACAGCCGGGGACCUCGCUGCAUUGAUUGUCUUACAUGCAGUCACCAUUCUUCUGGACAGGACACUGGACCAUGAUCUACAGAUCCUGCGGAUCUUCGAGGAAUCCAUUAGUAUCCUGACUGAGUCAACCACCAAGUCAUUCAAACGCUUCCGUACCCGAGGAUUCAUCGCCAGACCAGCCGAUUAUAACAGGACACUAGAAGGCAAAACAAUGACCGCAUCAGAGCGUGACGAAAGAGACCGUCGAGUAGCCCAUCAAAACCGCGAAGAUCUCUCUACACUAUUAGAGCUGAGAGAUAUAAUAGACGAACUAGGAACAAUAUUAAAACUCCUCGAACAGCAAACCGCCACCGUCAAAUUAAUGGCGCAAUACUUCGAAGACAAAGGAUACGGCAAAGUCUUCAUAGAAUCCGCUCUUUCCCGACUCGAAGACUACCGCACCCAGGUCACAGACAUGCGCGAGAACGCACAUCUAGCACAGAAAGCUGUCGAAAACCUCCUCGACCUCAAGCAAAAGCAAGCAAACGUCGACGAGUCCCGUAUAACCCGCUGGCAGGCAGAAGUAGCCCAAAACCAAUCGCAGUCCGUAAUGGUAUUCACAAUCUUCACCGUCAUCUUCCUCCCUCUCUCAUUCUUCACCUCCCUAUUCGGUGUGAACGUCCGCGAAUGGAGCGGCGAAGAAACAAACCCUGACUGGGCUUACAUGCUAGCAAUAUCAGGCCCAACAUCCGCCGCCAUAAUACUCAUUGCCCUCUCCAUGGCCUUCAGCGAACGUCUCCGCGAUAGCGUCGUAAAAGCCCACAUCAUCGGCGUCGGCAUAAUCACAGAUUUCCUCUUGCUCCCCGUCAAAGGCGUAUUCAAAUUAGGGACCGCGGCGUCCCCAACAAAGCCGACUCCAGGGCAAUCAGAAAGUACGGGGCGUCUUGACAGGUACCUAGGGAACAGACGGUAUAACAAGCAGCUUGAAGAUGAUAUUUGGAAACGACACGAGGAUCGGGUGAUUUCGCCGUUGCCAGCGGUUCACAUUUCUGAUGUGGAGGGGAUGAUGGGGUUUGAUGUUUCUGAGAAGGGGGGUCGAUGGCAGCAAAAUGUUAAUGAGGCAUAAAUUUUUUUUUUGUUUUUGAGAUUUCCCCCCCUGAUUUUUUGUUGAUAUUGGUUUGGUUAUACGUUGCAGGCGGUUAGAUAUUGCGAAGGUAGUUUUACUGCUAGUAUUCUUGUAUUAACGGAGUUUGGGUAGAGAUUGGGGAGAAUUGAAGUUGUCGACUGGGAGUAGGCAUCUAUACAAUGAGUUAACCUGGUUCAGGCCGCAUCACAUAUGACUUUUAACACAGGGUGGAAGGCAUAUCGUAACUGACAUGGAGGUGGACUACAGUCCUAUACGAGUCUGAGC